AAGCCCAAAAGUCUCCGAAAGCUUCACUUUCUCAGGCCAAGAUGGCGGAGCUGCGAGUGGGAGAAGAAAUGAGGUCAAGAACACCUAACAGAAGACUAAACUGUUCUUUUGGAGAACCUGUGGUGAACUCCCCCGGAAAAGAUGAGCAGUCGCUGGCGAUGCCGUUCUGUGGAAGUAUCAGAGGUGGAAUGAGGCCGGGCAAGAAAAUCACCAUCAUGGGCAUCGUGGCAAAGGAAGCGGACAGUUUUGACGUCAGCCUGACGUGUGGGUGUGGCGACGUGGCGCUGGAGCUCACGGCGAGGUUCGAGGACCGACGGCUCCUGAGGAACGCCCACGUCUCGGGGUCGUGGGGCGAGGAGGAGACGGCCAUCACCUUCUUCCCCUUCAUCGCCGGCCAGCCGUUCAGGCUGGAGAUCCACUGUGAGCACGAGAGGUUCCGGGUCUUCGUGGACGGUCAGCCGCUCCUCGAUUUCUACCACCGCGUGCGCUCGCUGUCGGCCAUCGACACCGUCCACAUCAACGGCGCCCUGACCCUCACCAAGCUCAACUGAUCCCGCCGGAGCCUCGGGCAGCUUGGGAACCACCCCGAAGCCGGACCGGGCGGGGCCGAGAGUUCCAGAUCAGAAGAAAGAGUGAAGCAGACGAUGCGUGUACUGUGUGUACUGUUAGCUUUAUUUAUUUAUUAUUUUUAAAUCACUUCGUCUGCCUUACAUCCCCAAUAUAAGGGCACGGUGGCUCAGUGGGUAGCACUGUCGCCUCACAGCAAGAGAGGUCCCGGGUUCAAUCCCAGAGUGGAGCGGUCUGGGUCCUUUCUGUGUGGAGUUUUGCAUGUUCUCCAUGUGUCUUUGCAGGUUUCCUUCCACAAAAAUAAAUAAAUGUAGAAAAAUAUAAAUGUAGAAAUAAAUAAAAUCAAUCAAUAAAUGUAGGAAAAAAUAAAUAAACACAGAAAUAAAUGUAAAAAUAAAUACAGAAAUAAAUACAUAAAUUAAAAAAAUAAAUGUAGAAAUAAAUAAGUAAAUACAUAAAUAAAUAAAAAUGUAGAAAUUAAUAAAUGCAGAAAUAAAU